GUCAAAAUUCUUUGGAAAAGGGCUAAUUUGGGGAGGGGUUGAAGAGAAUAAAUUGCAGCACCUCCUUGCCUGAGCUCACAGUUGAGGUCCUCCGAAGAGGCAGAGCAGCACCCCGCGAGGAAGAUCCCUCAGGCAGCCACCAUGCUCACUGCAAGGACAGUCCUAGCACUUGUGCUGCUCCUCACCCUCUCUCUACACUGUGAUGCAGCCAUUUUCGCUCCGGUCGAGUGCUGCUUCAGUUACCGUAAGUCACCUCUCCGGCUGCCUAACCUGAAGGGUUUCUACGUGACUCCCAAGGGGUGCUUUUCCCAAGCAAUUGUGUUUGAGACCAGGAACGGGUCCAAGAUCUGCACAAACCCAGAAGAGGCUUGGGUGAAGAACACUGUUGAGAGGCUUCAAAAAAAGAAAGGACUUCGUGCCCCAUGAUGUAGAGUGGGUGCCCUGGUUCAGACUACUCAACAUCCUGGUGGGAAGGAAGGUUUAUAGUCCUCCUGAAAAGGCCUGUGGAGGUCCCUGUUGCUGAGGGACGGCACUGACUCCCCAGAGCCUUGCACCACAUUGACCAGCUGAACACCAGCUCCUGGGGUGCUUCCAGCCCUGCCAGCACCUGCCCACUGAGCACAGCCACGAAAUAAAGGUUUACUUCAUGUGA